AUGCCAAGACGAGACAAGCGCCCCGUCUCCGGGCAGCAAAAGACACCCACGAGCGCGCGCGUACACGUCGCGUGGCUUUGGACUGCGCCCUUUGCCUACAGGAAGGCCCUGGCCGUCCAACUAACCAAUCCGAGCAGGGUCCACCCCACCUCUGCUCAGGUGCUCUCCCUGCGGCCUCCAGGGGAUGCGCCUCCCUUGGCGGCUCCGCUCUCGUCCGCUGGGGAGCGACGGGGCGCCGCCUCCCUCUCCGCGCAGCACCGGCUCCUUGCGCGCCUCUCAGGUGUGCGGCGGCUCCGCAGCGGCGGCGCUGAAAGCGAAAGCGCGCCAGGCGGCGGCGGAGGAGGAGGCGCUGGGCAGAAGCUGAGCGCCCGCCGAAGAAGCAGAGGGCGGACCGGCCGCCUGGGGAGUGCGCGCGGCAUGGCGGGGGAAAGCUUCGUGCGCUUCUUCCGAAACAGCCUGCGCCGGAGGUCGUCCAGGAGAGGUGAGCAGAGCCGCGGCGGCGCCCCUGCCCGGGCUUCCCCACCCGGCAACCCCUGUCCGGCCGCCCGUCAGCCUGGCGCCAGUUCUGGGUCUCCUCGGCGCCUGCCUCCCGCGCGCGUCUUUCGGAGGCAACAGGUCUCCCCGGUAGCAGAAAGCAAAGCGCGCGCCCGACCCCCCCCCCCGGGUAUCUGAGCCCGCGCCCGCGUAUGAAAUGAGGGGUGGGGGUCCAUUGCCGCUGCCAGCGUGAACUUCGCCGCCAAAGCUUCCGGGAACAGGCCGAGCGAGGCCCGCCCCGGGGGGCAGCCCAGCCAGCGCUGUUCCCGGACGCCUGGAGAAUCCCGGGCUGGCUCUCCAGGAGUCGGAAAGUCCCCACGCGUGCUUAGCUCUGGGGAGGGAGAGAGAAAGCGCCGUUGAAGCAUACGCUGUGUGGGGAAAUGGGUGUAACUACUAUGGGCAUUUCGGGAAUGACCCCGGGAAAGAGUGGGAAUCCCAAGGAAGGGCGAUCCCUUGUUGGAGUGCUUUUUUAAAAAGACAACACGGAAACGCACAGCUCCCUUAACGACGCAUUUGCAGCGUGUUUUCUUUAAAGUCGUCGCUGCUGCUUUCAAGUGCGCGUAGGAUUGCAGCCUCAGGCUCGUUUUCGCCGUCAAGGGGUGUAGACAAAAUUACGUAAAAUGGGCUAGUUGCUUCUUAUUCCCCUGAUGCUAAUAAUGGGAUAAUAAAAUAGGAGGCGGGUGUUUUUUUUAAGAGCACUACUAUGCAUGCUUGUGAGGACAGGAAUCUAAUUAUAUUUAUAAUUGGAAGUACCAGAGCAGAUGGCUUUUGUUGUUCUGGGUUAAUUAAAGCAGAGAACAAAAGCACAGCCUGCCAAGUUAUCAUUGCAAAUGAUUUUUAAAGGUAGCCUUUUUAGAAUAUAUACUUCUGGAGGAAGUACUAACUAAUGCAGAUUAGUGGUUGUAAUACAGAAUACGAAUAGAGGCUCUCUAAACUGUGUGGUAAGGAGGGAUGAAUGGAUCUGUUAAUUCUGGUUUCCCAAUCUUAAAUUCUCCACCAAUUAGCAUUUUUUAAAAAAAUCAAACAAAAAAAAAUUUGCCAGCAUUUUAAUGUAAAUUUAUCUUAAUACACACAUUUUUGCAAAGCACUUUCCUCUAAUAUAAUGCUUUUGGGGUUUGCUAUUUUCACAAAUACAUGCAUUUUUAUGCACACUUUACCCUAGACUGAUGAGAUAAACAUUUGAGUAAAGAAUAAAGAAGAAAGUCAAAAACCACAAGGCCACAACUUUUGCUAAAGUUUAUUGUGUGGCUGCAAGUUGGCAACUGUCGUUGAUUUUUCCAGUUGUUGCAUCCAUUUUACAAUUACACUGUCAGUACUCCAGUUUCAUACUUGUAGUGGUUCUCAGAGGCCUGCUAUUGACAAUUACUUGGCUGGCACACGUUUUUGUGUGACAAGAGGAACAGAAACAUACCUUCCCCGCCACCACACGAAAGAUGUUUCAUAUGAAAAUGUGCUUCAUGAGAACCUCAAAUCACACAGACUUCCAGUAAGGGAAGAAGGGGGGGGAGUUACAUCUUGCCCCCCUAUGUUCAGUGCAGCUGCCAGGUUUAUGCAAAGAGGACAGAACAUAAGAGUCCUGCUGGAUCUGGCCAGUGGCUCAUCUGAGAGCCACUGUUAAGAGCGAUAGACUUGUAAUCUGGGGAACCAGGUUCGCUUCCCCGCUCCUCCACAUGCAGCUGCUGGGUGACCUUGGGCUAGUCACACUUCUUUGAAGUCUCUCAGUCCCACUCACCUCACAGAGUGUUUGUUGUGGGGGAGGAAGGGAAAGGAGAAUGUUAGCCGCUUUGAGACUCUUUCAGGUAGUGAUAAAGCGAGAGAUCAAAUCCAAACUCCUCUUCUUCUAGCCCAACAUCCUGUUCUCACAGUGGCCAGCCAGAUGCCUGUGGGAAGCCUGCAAAAGCAUUCUCCCCACCCGCACCUGGCAUUACUAUCUCCAACCACGGAAGCAGUGCAUAGCCACCAUGGCUCGUAGCCAUUGAUAGCCUUACCCUUCAUAAGUUUGUCUAAGCCUCUUUUAAAGCCAGUCAAGUUGGUGGCCAUUUCUUCCUCCUACAGGAGCAAGUUCCAUCGUUUAAAAACAGGCAAGUCCCAAUUUACGUUCCAAGGCACCACACAUUUAAGUGUAAUCACAUACAUUGGAAACACUAUUGAAAAAAGCCUGAAAACCUUUGGCUGUACCGAUAGUCUUGGAUUCCGAGCCCCCUUCAGGUCAGCCAGCACAUAGCCAAUGGCCAGGGAUGAUGGGUGCUGUAAUAAAACAAUACCCGGAACAACACAGAUUCCCCAUGACUUGUUUGGGAUUUAUAUUGACAUAUUUGGCUGGAGAAUAAUAUCUUCUGGAUUGGAGCCAACUGAGUUCUACUUUUACUAUUAAAAGUAAUGGAAAUAAGUUAAAUUCAGUGGAUCUACUCAGAGUAGACAAGCACCGGCUACAACCCUCUGUCUCCUUGAAGGAAAAAGAUGAUCACAGCCACAUAAAAGAUCACAGCUACAAACAUUUUGCAUCUUUUUAAAGAGGAAUAAAACGUCUGUCUUCCAAAUUCAGCCACAUGCUAUGUGCAGAGCUCCAUAAAAGCCUUAAUGCAUGUUUGCAAGCACUUGCAAUCAUACAGAUACACUCACUGAGAAGUCCAUAUUGACGGACAACUUGCCACCAUGUCAUGUAUGAAACUAUCUCAUGCCUGUCCAGACACACCAACCUAGGGUAGCUGGGGGCAAGGGGGCUUAACUGCCACUCAAUUUUAUGUUCUCUUGUGGUCACGAAGACUCCUUCCCAAUCUGCCCCAAGAUUUCAAAUGCUGUGUGUUAGGCUUAUUUCUAUAGGGAUAAGGUACCGACAUGUCUAAAUAUCAGCUUAGAAACCAGCUUGGUAAACUCUCCCUGGCAGUUAUGCUGGAAGAACAGUAACUCUAUUCAGCAGCUGUUCCUUCUGCAUACCCACAUACAUCCCAUGCUCUAUAAUAGGCACUCAUCACCUCAUUAUCUGCAGAGUCACCUGCCUAAGGCAAACACAGAAAGGAUUCUCCCUACAUACCUUCUGCUUAGAGAUCUUCACCUUUGCUCCCCAGACUGCCGAAUGCACCAAUUGGAGCAAGCUGCUUUGCAUCUUAUGCCAUCAUAAAUGGAGACUAAUCCCUAAUCCAGCCCUUACCAGAUGGGCACUAUGAAAAUUGGGUGUAUGUUUUUACCUGCAAAUCGGUUCUGUUUAUUUUGGCCUCGUGGUGCAGAUCCUUUCCAUUCCAGGAAAGAGAACCAUUCCAUUAUUGGGAAACUGUAUAUAAAUAAAGCAUUUCUGAGGUUGUUUUGCAAAGGUGUGGUGAGCCCCAGUUGGUGGCUGCUAAAUUCAUGUAACACUCAAGUGAAGUGUUUUAGCACAGUGUGUAACUUGGCUCUAAACCAGCCGGGUUGUUGAUGGGGCUGGUGUAGCAAGAAGCACCAGAAGCCCUCUGUUUGUAUCAACCCCCCUCCCCCCAAAAAAACUUGCUGUGCAAAAGCCCAAUGAAUCUAUAUUGGAAAACAGCCAAACUUUCCCCACAUUUUUGGUGGUUCAGGAACUGCAGAGACAAGAAAGCCUUGCAAACUUACCAAGGGAGGGUGGAGAGAAAACAUUUCCUUUGUUGCAGUCUAUUGCUCACAGUUACCUUAUUACUGAAGCUAAUGUUGGGGAGAUGGCACGGUGGUGAAGCAGGUGUGAUUGAGUUGCACCUAGUGGCACUGUUAGCGUAGGCACCCAGGGCGCCUCAGCAGAACAGGAAGAAGGGCCUCAAAAUGCAGCAGGGCAGGCUUAUUACAAAUGGAAGCAAGCAAAGCAAUACACAUUACCACCAUAAAACGGUUAAGUCUAGAAUUGUGCUAGUGAUGACUCCCUACAUAGAAGCGAAAUAAUUUGGAUUUUUAAAUUUUUAUUUUGAUCAGUAGAAGGUCCCCCAAAGGGGAAUGUAUGUGACAUUCAUUUGCAAUAAAUGCACAGUAAAGGUACAGUUCAGGCAGGUCUUAAGAAGCAGGACUUUUAAGGGUGUAAUCCUUAAAGGGGGGGGCACCACAGAAAUUUGUCAUUGGUGGAUUUACCCUGGACUAAAUGGUGCAGCUGAACCAGGUUGCACAAAAAGGCUCCCACAAUAAAUGAAAUAGAUAUAAACAAUAAAAAUAAUAAUGCAAUAGUAAUAAUAGAGAUUAAUGAUAUACAUUAAUCCUGGGAAUACAACAGAAUCAGAAUCUGGUAACUGAGGGCACCAACAUCUUUUAAGUGCUUAGGGCCUCUGAAGGUCUUAAUCCAGCCUGUCUUUGAGCCAGUUACUUGUUCUCAUAGGAGAACAAUCCUGUCUCCACAGUCUAAUGCUAGCAUUUAGUGGUCUCAGUGGGUGAUUGCAACAAGCACAAUUCCCCAGUGUGGAACAAAGGCCCGAUUUGUUUUCCUCCUGUGCAAACAGCCGCCUAUAAGUUCCUUGAACUUGCUGCUGUUUAGGCAGGUGGGGGAAAACCUGCUGUAGCAGCAGCCAAAAUCAGAUUCUGAAAUUAACCAAAACCGAUCCCUAGCUGCAGAAUUGCUGCCAAACCUGUUGUAACAAAUGACGCAGGCUUUCUGUUUGCCCUGUUUCCUUUCUGGGUGCAUUCAAGUGAAUUUACUUCCUGGGUGGUGUUAAUUCUUUAUUCCUCCACCCAAUCUUUCUGAUGCAAUUGUGAUUUUUCUCUUUUUGGGGCUUGGGCUCAAGCCAUCUAAACUUUCCUGCUGCAAUCAAUCAGUCAAAUAAAGAAAGAAAGAAAGACUCACUCCUCUGUGCAGCAACCAAACACCUGUGCAGAGAAAGCUGUAAAACCUCAAGAUCCGGUAGCAUUGAAAACAAUUGCGCAAGUCACCUGACAAGUGCUUUGUGGCAACCCUGGGACGUUCCACGUCCUGUAACCGUUUCUGAGGAAAGAAGCAGGUCCUGUUGUAAGACUGAAUUUGAGAUUUCUUUGGUUCAAGCUACAGCUUGCAUGAAUUUACCAAGGGAUGGGAAGUUAUGGGCUCUUCUCCAAAGUACGGAAAGAGUCUUCUAGUGUGGGCUCCCCCCCCCCCCCCAUUUCAGAAAACAUAAGGUUCUUUACAAGGCAGGUAAGUGUGCAUUUGAUGGGUCAAUGAUCAUUGCUUAAUAAGCUAGCUAAGGCAAGGAUCCAGACAUAGCAAAUCUUGUGGGGGAUUUACAGCUUGAGCAUAAAGUCUAAUGAAGUACCUUGGGGCUUAAUCAGUAACUAGUCUUAGAACUGUAGCCUUACUCUCAUAUUUAUGCUGGAUCAUGCCCCAUUCUGUUUGUUCAAAGGUUAGCAUUUUUGUGGCUGUUUGCAUAAUCUUACUCCGCUGAAUUUGGCUCCUGAUCCUAGUAGCAUUCUGGGAUGUGCUGAUCAUACUUUUUGCCCCAUAGGCAUCUCUGGCAUGGUGAACACUUUUAUUUUUCCAUUAUUCCACCUUUCCUCCAAGAAGCUCAAUGCUUCUCCCCCUCCUCAUUUUACCCUGACUCAGCCAUGUAACUCACUGGGUGACCUUGGGUUAGUCACUGUAUUUUAACCUAUUUUACCUCACAGGGUUUUUGUGAGGGAGGAUGUAUACAAAAAUAUAGUUGUAUAUGCAUAGAGCCCCUUUUCUCAUUGGUGCCAAAGAUGUGGACCAUGGGGGGCCUUGACCAGUGGCAUUGUGGGUAUAGUCAGUAGCCUCAGAGGGGUUUGGUCCAUUAGGGCGAGUGGAGCCAAGUAGCUCCCGCCCCCGCCUGCCUUUUUGCAGGGCUGGCCCAAGACAUUUUGGCACCUGAGGCGAACCACAAAAUGGCACACACAGACACACACACACCAGCCAGGAAAAAAGGUGUGUGUGAAGAUUUACAUCCAGAACAAGGGGGAAACAAAAUUAUACAUUAGGAGCAAGGAUGGGAGGAGACCAGCAGCGCCCCCUAUUUGCCAUAAGGCUGCUGAGAAGAAGAGGAGUUUGGAUUUGAUAUCCUGCUUUAUCACUACCCGAAGGAGUCUCAAAGCAGCUAACAAUCUCCUUUCCCUUCCUCCCCCACAACAAACACUCUGUGAGGUGAGUAGGGCUGAGAGACUUCAAAGAAGUGUGACUAGCCCAAGGUCACCCAGCAGCUACAUGUGGAGGAGCGGGGAAGCAAACCCGGUUCACCAGAUUACGAGUCCACCGCUCUUAACCACUACACCACACUGGCUGAGGAGGUGGCAGUUCCCACUUCCAAGAGUUGUGCUGCUGCUGUGGCGGCAGCAGUGGAUAAUACAUUCCUUGGAGGCCGGAUCUGCUGCCCCUGUGCAUUCUGCUGCCCAAGGUGGUUGCCUCACCUUCCAUCAUGGGUGAGCUGGCCCUACUUCUUACUUACACCAGUCAGGAGGUAUCUCUGCCUGUCAUUGGCUGUGGUUCCAGCUACUGCUGGUCUCCCCACCUUCCUCCCCACCAGUUCCAAUGAGCACUAGCCACCACUGAUAGCCAUGGCCCAGCUUCCACCAAUGAACACCCUGAAAGAUACAUUCUAAAGCAGUUGAACACAAAUUCACUGUCUCCUGAGGCAUUUGUUUUCAGGGCAGUGACUGUGCGCCCAGACCACUUUCCUUGUGCACAGGCCAUCAUCUAUUUGGUUUUUUCAGAAAUGGUUAUGUGUCCCUCAAAUCUUUCUGUAAGGCCUAAUUCUUGUUUUUGUGUCAAUGUCAUCUUGUGCAGCGGAUGAAUCCCGGGAUGCACACCCUACUGAAAGCAAACCUGAUAUUGGCGAGAGACCAGGAGAAAGAAGCAGCUUCCCCAGCUCUGCAGGACACUUGUUCUUUGAAUAUUUGGUUGUGGUCUCGCUCAAAAAGAAUGCUAAAGGAGAUUACGAGCCCAAGAUUACCUAUCAGUUUCCAAAGGUGAGAUACCCACCGUGAUUCUUUUGCCAGAUGACAGAACUGGAGUGCAUUAGUGAGGAACGCUCCUCAGAUAUUACACUUUGGAGGGAUGAAUGCUGGAAGCAAAGCAGUGCCAUGAUGGUCGGUUCUGCUUCAGCCUUCCCUAACCUGGUGCUCUGUGUAUGUUUUGGACUACAGUUCCCAUCAGUCUCUGUGACCAGGGCCAAAGGUCAAGUAUGAGGAGAAGGCUGCUGUACUCCAACCUCUGUGUUGUUUUGAGAUGAGCCUAUGCCCAUGCAAGUGUAUGUGUGUAUCAUUUCAGAAGCUGAAAUGAAAACACACAAGUUGGAGUGCAGUAUGGUUUUUUUUAAAAAACAAAACAGAGAUUGCUUCAAAACAGAGGGAAACUGGAAUGUUGGGCCACUUUUGCUGUUGCAAUUCAUGACAGCAGGCCCAAGCAUUCCCUGCAAAUGUGAAGGCAGGGGAGGGGGGUGCUGGAAAAAAAAUGCUGAUUUGGAUCCUACAUCUUUUAGAUUCUCUUUGCCUGCCUUCCUCUCCAGUUCCACAGAAUUUUGCCUGCAUUGCAAAAUUUUGCCUGUCUGUAAAACUCCAGUAGAAUUGAUUUAUCUUAAGAAAUGCAGAAAAUCCUGCUAACAAAAACCAGUGCCUGCAGCAAUCUUUCUCUUUUGAAGUGUCCCUCAGUGUUUUGCUUCAUGGUGUAUCUUCUCUCUAUCCAUUGGAGUUGUGCCAAGGAAAGUGCUCCCUUGGUAAUUGUGAAAGUAGGAGGGAUGCUGCUGAUGGAGUGAGGAAGGAACAUCAGGCCCAGCGUGUCAAGAAGGCAUGAGAAAGAAUAUCAACAUAAGUGGUCUCUGUGGCUGUGGAAUAUAAUCCUAGGCCAUCUGCAGGGCAAGCCAUCUUUGUUGCAGCCUACAUAUAUCUUUUAGACCUAGCGCUGACUGGGGCCUGUGGCUGGGCUGUUCCACUUCAGACCGCAGGGGUUGGAGCUCAAAUGAGUGAAUGUUCCUCCGUACCAAAAUAAAUAAAUCCCUCCAUGUAGCAAAGCUGAAUGUCAGGAAGAAGAGUUCUAGAUUAGUAUCUGAAGAAAUUUACUUAUUAUUAUUGUGGAGGCACAUUCUGUCUUGUAAGCCUGCAAUGGCAUCGAUCAGACGUGGACUUACUCCCUAAGUCACUAAGCUAGGACAGUAAUGAUGUCGCCUAGGCCCACCUUCCUAGCUGGUGCCUCCAGAUGUUUUGGUUUACAAUGCACAUCAGCCUCAGCCAGCAAGGACAUUGGGGAAGGCUGGUCUAGGCAGGUGUGGGAGCAGUGAAAAGAGCACACAGCAAAUGUCCCAAGUGUGUUGGCACUUCCGCACUAAUCUCUGGGUUAAAAUCAUAUCCUAGAAGAUGAGGGGGUGGGGGAAAACGUCUUCAGCUCAGGGACUACAUUCCCUUGAGGCAAAAGCAGGCAGAGCAAUAGAUGUGACUCUUAAUUUUGUGCUGUAUGUUACAUUCCAUCCAUGUACGUGUCAGAGGUUUCGGCUCACACACCUCAUGCAUCUUUCCAUGCUCCUUCCAGGUAUGCAAGAGGCAUGUCACAGUUCAAGGGACACAUUGCACCCGGGGAGUAUAUGGCCUGUGGGCGGAGGCCUGAGGAGAGCUCUGAGGGCCAAACGGGUCUACUGGCCUCUGGCCUGAGGUUACUCACCCCUGCUGUAAGCCUAAGCAUCUCAAUGAAAUAAUUUCCAGUUCAUAUGUGUGGAGUUGUAUUUAAGGAGAUGGCUUGUGUAUUCUUUACCUGACUUUAUCUAGCACUGCUGGACCAGGGUUCAGUGCUAUAUUAUAUCUAAAUGAAGCACCCUGACCUCUAGAGAAAUGCAGGGGUCUUCCACAGAAUCCCAAGCUGUCUUGAUCUAGUGUCGCGUUUUACUAAAGUAGUUCUGCCUGAUUGAAAAAACUCAUGUGAGGCUGAAAUCCUUGUCACUGAGUGGGUUGGCCGGUCUUUGCAAAGUGAUCACAGAAAGAGGCUUGUUACUCUUAUUGUUGUACAAGAUGCAACAGCCGUUCCGAAAGUCUGUGCCUCAGCAUUUCUUUUAAAAGCAGAAUAAAACCAUGUUCCUUUGUGGCUUCGCUUCAUGCAGCAUGAUUUCACACCGCAGCACUUUCAUUUUAUCUGGGCAUACCUUCUCACCACUCGGUCUGCAUGGAGAGGAAAAGUACAGAAUUGCUUCAGACUCAGAUUUUCUUUUUAAAGUUAUUUCAUGCAUGUGUCCUGCAGGCUGUGUAGUGACACAAUCCACUGCUCAGUGUAGUAUGUGAAUUUAAUAUGUGACCUUCUGCUUUAGGCCCAUGUUGAACUUUAUGCAGAAAUCUGUGCAGGUGCCAUGAGCUCAAGUACUGCCUUGCUCAAGAGACUUUCAGUGAAAUCACCAAACAUCACUUGCAAACUAGACCCCUCUUCAUUUUGCUAGCCAGCAACUGUUUUCCUCUGCAAAGUACUAUCUGCUGCUAGGUUCCUGUCAUCUCAGUCAUAGAAACAUCUUCAGUAUGUAUUUGCCAUGUGUCUUCUUUUUCCAGGACAAAUCCUCUCUUUCAGGGGUAAAAUUUCUGUCUGGGUGGAUUUUUUUAAGUUCGCCAAAAUGUCUCUAGCUAUGCUUUCUGGAUGAGACCUAGACAUAACUGGUGGCUGAAGACUUGCUUUCCUCUUCUCUUCUCCUGCCCCCCUCAGCAAUAUAUUACAGCUUCUGUAGCCUACAUAUAGUAGGGGUAUUUUGCUCUUCAAAAUAUGGCAGCCCUAGUAUGGCUAUGUAAAGCUGUCUUAUGCUGAGUCAGAUCAUUGAGCCGCUAUUGUCUUCUUUGACUGACAGUGGCUUUCCUGGAACUCCAGCAGAGGUCUUUCCCUUCAUUUGCAAUCUGACCACUUGACAGGAGGAAGCCUGUUUCCUGAGGGUACAAUAGGAUAUUUGGUUAAGGACCUCCACCUCAGUCAACCUCUAGAUAGCCAAUCCUUGCCAGUUUUUGCCUUAUCCCCCCCCCCGAGUCAGGUGGUCUGAUCUUUAAAUGCUUGUCCCAAAAUGAGAGUAAGGGGUCGGGGGGGUGUGAUCCCAUCAUGCCACGCCGGCCUUGCCAGCUUCUCAGUCCAGUGUGUGAACCAAAGAACAGGCUGCCAUGUUAACGGUGCAGUGUGCUUCGUAUAUAGGUAAAGGUAAAGAUACCCCUGCCCGUACGGGCCAGUCGUGUCCGACUCUAGGGUUCUGCGCCCAUCUCACUUAAGAGGCCAGGGGCCAGCGCUGUCCGGAGACACUUCCGGGUCACGUGGCCAGCGUGACGAAGCUGCUCUGGUGAGCCGGCACCAGCGCAGCACACGGAAACGCCGUUUACCUUCCCACUAGAAAGCGGUACCUAUUUAUCUACUUGCACUUUUUAGGGUGCUUUCGAACUGCUAGGUGGGUAGGAGCUGAGACCAAACGAUGGGAGCUCACCCCGCCGCGGGGAUUCGAACCGCCGACCAUGCGAUCGGCAAGGCCUAGGCGCUGAGGAUUUACCCACAGCGCCACCCGCGUCCCAUGCUUCGUAUAUAUUCUCUUAUAAAUCCUUACCGUGGUAAUCCUAUUUUUGGCAGUGUAAUACUGUACUUACAAAUACAAAAAUGAUGAUCCACACAUAAGGACUGAGGACUUUCAAAGUCCUUUCUUACAGUUACAUAUGAUCUUCAGUCUUAUAGAAUGCAGACAAAUGUUACUUGAGAAUGGUGGUAUGUCACCUUAUAAGACUGGCGGUCAUAUGCAUCUGUCAGAAUUGACCUCGGGAGCAACUCAGAUCUUCUGUGUGGACUCUUAUACCCCAUAGCAAGUGAGCCAGUUGUUUGAGUGUCAGACUAAGGCCUGGGUGACCAAGGUUCACUCUCCCAUGAAGCUUACUGGGUGACCUUGAGCCAGUCACUGCCUCUCAGCCUAACCUACCACACAGGGCAGUUUGGGGAAUUAUAUGAGGAAGGGUGACCUGUGCGUGCCACCUUGAGCUUCUUGGAGAAAAAAGUGGAAUGAAAAUGCAAUGAAUGAAUCAGUGAAUCAAGUAAGAAAGUAAGCAAGCUAGGCACUUCGUAUUUCAACAGAAAUCUCCUAAGUAUCAUGGGAUAACUUCUUUCAUCUCUUUUUUUGCUUUUUUUCUAAUUUCAGCGUGAGAACUUGAUGAGGGGACAGCGUGAAGAGGAGGAAAGGUUGCUGCAGGCCAUUCCCCUUUUCUGCUUUCCUGAUGGCAAUGAAUGGGCACCGCUCACAGAGUUUAACAGGUAAGCGCCGUGCGACUUGUGAGUCAGCAAGGGACUAGCGCUGUAUUGUCCCACAAGAGAUUAGGAAAGCAAAAUAGACACCAAGGGGCAAAGACAUAGUGCUACAUACACAUGAUAUACGUUUAAACCACAUUUAAAACAUUUGGCCUCUCCCAAAGAGUACUGGGAACUCUAGUUUAUCCCUCAUGGAACUACAGUUCUCAGCCACCCUUAAGAAGCUAGUUUCCACGAUACAGCUUUAACUAUAUGGUGUGUACUUCAAAUUGUAUGUUUGUGAGCAGAACCUUUUCGAAAUUCUGUAAAACCACCUGCUCAUAAUCGGUGGACCUUUAUAAUGAUGCUUUAUAAUCCUGUUUCUAGUUUAGCUAGCAUCUGUUGAGUGCGGAGAGUGUUUUGUUUUGUUUUUGCAAAGGGCUGAUGUUAAACUGUCAUUGUAAUCUCUCUCUGCAGAUUGUGAUAAUUGAUUAUUUUUGCACAAUCUCUUACCAUUCUCUCGGAUGACUUAAAAUCAUGAUAGUCCUCCCUUAAGACAAAAACAGAUGCUACAUUUUUCAGUGUGAUAAAAAUCUUAGGGUUUCCCCUGCCUCUGAAAUGCACUGGCCACACAUAACAAAUGUAAAAGUUUAGUUCUGAGUACCUGCUCAUUUUUUCCCCUUCUACACAACUUCUGCAUCUGACUGCCCUAGUUUUGAGUAAGCCUUUGUUAUCUUUCACUUCCCUUCACAGGAAGGGGUAGUAAUGCUUGCCUGUUGCAGUGCAGUUUGCUAAGGGAAGCUGGUAACACCCGUAAUUGCCUUGAAAACGUGACCUUUGUAUGUUACCCAGUUUGCGUUUAUAACUUCAAGAUCUUCAGGGGAAUACUGCUUUGCUGGUUUCAUUCUUGUAGUUAACAGGUUCAUUGGAAUCACUUGUCAUAAAAAAAAACUCCUGCUUUCCAUGCCACUGCUCAGCUUAUGUUCAGAAGAGUGAGGCUGCAGUGCAAAAUCGUAGUUUAUGCUUGCAAGAAAUGGUUUAGAUGAUCUGUUUGCUCCCAAAAAUGUUGCCAACCAAGCAGGAAAACGAAUACACUCUUAUCUUCUGCUGAGUGGUGUGAAGGCACUUCUGGGGGAGCGGGGCAUGUUUUCCACAUGUUUGGGCCAGUCAUAGAAUCUCUCUGACACAUGGAUCGUAAGGUUCCUGAGUUAUUACCUGAAGACUGUAUUUGCUGAGCCCUGAAACAUUCAGAGACUAAUUAAUCUUGUCUGCUCAUAAGUAAGCCCUAUUGAAUUCAGUAGGUUUUACUCACAGCUAAGUUGGGUGAGGAUUGCAGCCUGCUUCCCAAAUCUUCAUUUAAGUAGCCGAUUUGUUCUGCUUUCCCCCCAUACAAUAGUUAGCAGACUGGUAAAACUCUUAAGUCUUUUAUUCUUUUUUUUACAGUGAAACCUUUUCUUUUGUUCUCACCAAUGUUGAUGGAAGUAGGAAGAUUGGCUACUGCAGGCGACUGUUGGUGAAUAUUUCUUUUACUACUAUUUUUUAAAUGUUCCUUUUAGUUUGUUGUUUAGGCCCUGGGAGGGGAGUGGGGCUGGCUAAUCCAAGGAGCUCAUGCAGUUUUUGCAGUCAGGCCCAACCCCGCACUGAGUUUGUAGUAUGCCAGAAUAGGCAUAGUUUUUCAUAUUGACCAAUAGUUGUAAGACUUACAAAAGAAGGAAGUUGCUAAUACGUGUAUGAAUCCAGUGCCUUAGCCCCAGUCCUUACUGAAGUGCCAAAUCUGUGCUUGGGUGUUUACCAGUUUAAACUGCACUCCCCUCUCUAAGCACAAAACACACUGAUCACGCUAAUCUUGGUCAGAACAGGAAACAUGAUCCAGUGUUGCCCUGUUGCAUAUUUUGGAUCCAAGGUGGCCAUGAAUCGUGAUCUGCGCUUGUUAAGGAGGUCUCAAUGUUGAAAUUGCAGUACCCUAGUACUGUUCUUUAAGGAGUCCCCAAUGCCAUGCCCAAGACAAUCUCACUGCUCACUCAGGGAGGGAGGUGGUUAUGACAACAGCAGGAUCCCUGUUCUGUGCCAGAUGCCCAAUACCAAGUGUUCAUAGUCAAAUGGAUUGUAUCUUGGACUGGGCAUCUGGCAAGAAGGAGAGGAUCCCUAGGCACUACUACAGCAAUCCCAUCUUCCCACCCAAUGACCAUAAGUUGCUCUUGUACAAAACAACUGGCUUGAAUUGACUGGGACCAAAAAGGUUUUGCAAGGUCUGGAUAAUACAUACCAGCCGGUCAGCUUAUUCAUCCUUGAUCGUAUCUAUAGUGAUGCACUACUUUGUACUUCUUUCUAAAGAUGUGAUUUAGGCCCUCAGAUUUCAUUUAGUCCUAAAUUCACUAUCAGAAAACAAUGUUGAUAAAUUCAGCAUGUGGAGCUCCCAGAGAGAAUACGAUGGACAAAUGCAUUAGUUUAGCUGUAAUGGGAUUUUUGUUUCUGAAGCCUAGCAAUGCAGGCAAGGGCAGAGAGUGUGAUGGAAAUUCUUGACUCUGCAGCAGGGUGUUGGAUGAAGGAACUGGGGCCUCUCCAGGGCAUGAGAACUUGUCAAGUCCUUGUCAGCGCUGGGCUAUUGCUGGAUUUGGCAGGGAUUCUAUGAAAACCACCAGAUUCUUCCCCAAAACGUACAGAGCUUUAAUGAAAGAGCAUUGUCAGGUAUAAAAAAGAACUUACACAUUAGAGGAGAAAGGCAGAAUGAAAGUCAUGUACUUAUUUCAAAUGAUAAAAACAACUCAAAUUAGUAAUAAUAGUAGUGAUGGCAGUAGGAGAGUGGGCUAGGCUGCCAAAGAUCUGGGUUGCUUCUCCAUCACAGGCAUAAUAAUAAUAAUAAUAAUAAUAAUAUAAUAUAUUGUAUACUGCCCUUCAGCCAAAGAUCCCAGGGCAAUUCACAACCUUAUUUUUAUAUGAACAGACCAUUGCAAAAUAGGUGCCCUUAUCCAAGCAUAGUGUUACGACUUUUAUAAAAUGCAUCAUGGGACAACUGUCUGCUGCUGCAGAGUGCCUAGCAUGCCCCUUGCCCUUACCACAGUCCUUUAUCAACUUAAAAGUUGAUAAGGCUGUUCUUUUGCGGAGGUGGAAAAGAAGGUUCCCCUCCCCCUCGUGUGCAAGCAGCUCUUUCCACAUGAGUAAAAACACCCACUGUUUUUUAAAAUUACAUUUACAAAUAAAUAAUAAUGGUAAAGGGUCUCGUGGGGUCCCAGCCCUGGUGAACACUUGCCGUAUUUUUCGCUCUAUAAGAUGCACUUUCCCCCUCCUAAAAAGUAUGUGGAAAUGUGUGUGCGUCUUAUGGAGCGAAUGCGGGCUGCGCAGCUUUCACUGAAGCCAGGAGAGCAAGAGGGAUCGGUGCGUACCGAUCCCUCUUGCUCUCCUGGCUUUGCUUCGCUGGAGAGGUGCUGCACAGGUUUCCCUCUCUGCGCAGUGCCCCCUUCAGCGAAGCGGCAGGAGAAACGGAGCCCCUUCCAUUUCUCCUCCCACUUUGCUGGAGAGGCGCUGCGCAGAGAGGGAGAGAAUAUUGUUUUUCUUGUUCUCCUCCUCUAAAACUAGGUACGUCUUAUGGUUGGGUGCGUCUUAUAGAGCGAAAAAUACGGUCCAUAGAAUCCAUGCUUAGAAUGGAGCAUUUGUUAUGUCCCUACCAUUAUGUAGGGCAGCCUUCCCCAACCUAUUUGGCUGGGGCUGGUGGGAGUUGUAGUCCAAAACACAUUGAGGGCACCUGACUGGCAAAGGCUGUUCUGAGCUAUGUCAUUAGUGCCUUUAGCUUUAAAAAUAUGUGACUGUGUAAGCAUCUAUGGUGUGUGUACCUAGUGUUGGACCUCUAAAAAGGUAGAACUCUUGUGUUGGAGAGAGGCUGGGGCAACCCAGCCAGAUGGGUGGGGAACAACAACAACAACAACAACAACAAUCCUCAGAUCACCUCUUCCAAAUAAAAUAGGAAAAACAAAAAGCAAGAAUCCACAAUCACAUUUAGGUCCGGGUUGUGGCUAAGAGUUUUGAGAGGGGAGGAAAACAGCCUUCUUUUUGAGUGACUUGGAUCCACUCCAUUUCUGCAGAAAUCAAAAAUGACCAGCCAGAGCUCUGCACUGUAUGUUACAAAGGACACUUGGAUCAUAGUCAAGGCCCUUUGCCUCUGGAGACAUCUAGGCUUACAUUCCAAGGCAAUCUGAUGCAAAUUCUGGGGCAAUUUCUCAGAUAAAUGAAACAACAACUGAUCUUUUUAUUUUUUAAGUGUUUGUAUCAAUCACAGCACAGUUGCCCUUGAGUUGCUUGCGGCUUUAUGUUUAUUAUGUUUGUUCCUUCAAGGGAACAGUGGGAGGGUAGGGGGGGCUUUGUUGUGCAAAGAGUUGGACAAACACACACUGGGAUCAAAAUAUAAAUAAUUAGCUUGAAGGAUAUACAGCCUGAAUAGACAAGACAGACAUAGAGGGGGAAGCAGAGAGGACCAGCAGAGACUGCUGGUUCAGGCAGCUACGUAUUUCUGAUCAGGGGUGAACAAGUCGAGGUGACUAAAGUAUUAGUUUGUUUUUUUAAAAUCCAUACACAAGGUGGGAUUUUUCCCUAGCAGCAGAUAAGGUAAGAGCAGAGAAAGAGAGAGGCAAUGGGAGGAGACACCUUCCUGAUACCACAAUCACUGUCGUUCACCUGGACAUUAUAGAGACAAGUCAGGGGGGUGGUGAGAUUGGGGUUGUGUGAGCAUGAUGACCAGGUGCUAGAUUGGCUCCAUCAGGGCAUAUAUGCCCAUUCCAGGUUGGCUGUUGAAUCUUCCUCCAUCAGGGCUCCUGCUACUGCAGCUGGCACUCCCACAGCCCGGAUUUCACUGCUGCCUGCCCCCCCCAUCCAGUUAAGUGGUGCCAGUUCAAGAGUGCACCUCCAUGGCACUGGCUGCUCUUGGUUGCAACAGUGACCAUUUCUGGAGCACUCCCUACGUAAGUUGAAGGGAAACCUUGGCGUUGUGGUGGUGAUUUUGGCAUUGGCCCAAUCUGGAUCAUGCCAGUGAUGGGGGGAGGCCUGAGGCAAAUGUAGAUGGAGCAUGGGCACAAGUGCGCUCCCACUCCCCCCCCAUCCUCCCCUCCUGUUUCCCCACUUGCUACCCACAUGAAGUCAGAACAAAGGCUGCACAUAACCUCCAGUGCCACAGUUUCUCUAUUCCUGCUGAAGAUACAGAGCAGCCAGAAAGUAGGACAGGAAAUCAGAGCCUUCGUCACUGGUUCUUUAACUCAGAUGAUAACAAAGGGACAGGCUUUUGAAAGAUGUGAGACUCCAAGUCCCGGAGGGCGGGGGUGGGAAGCAGUGAGUCCUCAAGUAAGAGCUGCUGUGAAUAAGGCCAGAAAAGGCCUCUUGACUACUCUUUGUACAGAUGAAAUGGGGGUCUUCACAGCUCCCUCCACCCACUGUUCAGCCUUAGACUGAACAACCAUCAUUCAUUGUGAUUUGUUCCUUUUUCAACACAAGAGAGUGUCUGUUGUCUCUUUCUGUUCUGCAGGGACAGUUGUUUUUUGUCCUCAUUUUCACUUUCACGUAAACUUUGUGACCUCUUUGAGGAAGCCUCUUUUGUGCACUUCCUUAAAUUUGAGGUGGUGAACUGGAAUAUUCAUAUCUUAAAUUAACCUGUUAGACAUUCUGCACUGCCUUUCUUCCUUUGCCUUUCAGUUUAUUUUGAAUAUUCUUAAUAUCCACCUGUAAAUGGGAGAUGUAGAUGAUAAGAGCUUUCUCUUUGCUUGUUUCCAGUUAGCCGAAAACAACACAGUCUACUAGUUUAAUUCCCCUACAAACUGAUUCAUAGCAGUCUGAUUCAGAAGUGAGUUUGUAUGUUCUCAGAAGUUUACAUGUUGGCAUUCUGUUCGCUAGUGUAGCCAACACCUUUGUUUGGAUUGUUUGCUCUUUUGACAAGAUAUGCAACAUUCAAAGCUUACAGUCUGAUUUCAUUGCUCUUAGAAGUACAAUGAAAACUGGCUGCAAACUGUGCAUGUCGUAGAUCAGGGCUGGACCAAGAGAUUUUGCUGCCUGAGGCAAACUACAAGUCACAUUGGCAUACAUGCCCAUUCCAGGUUGGCAGUUGAAUCUUCCUUCAACUCCUUCCCUGCACCUGAAGACUGCAAAUUAGCUUAGGGGAUGCAGGCCAGGCCACAUGGCACACACAGCUCUUUAAUCACCUUGCCACAGCUCUAAGCCCUGAGGCAGUUUCCUUCCUCUGUCUAAUGACAAGACCAGCCUUGUAUUCUAUACUGUUCUGAAGAUGUUCUGGUUAACAUAUGAGGCACGCUAUGUACUUUUAUUUCUGCAUGUCAAACAGUUCCAGUUAUUUGUUAAUAAUAGCAUUUUUGUGCACGUGGAAUCUAGACUCACUUUAAAGCAAAUUGAUUUCUAAUGUGUGAUUGGAAGCUGAAUUGGAAAACUAUCACAGAUUGGGAAUCAGUAUUUGUCGUGAUAAUGUCCGACAUUCAGAUUAUCUUGUACAUUCUUAAGAAGUAAUUUACUGAAUGAAUGAAUGAAUGUGUUUGUGCCCUACCUCUUAGGAUACAGACCCACACCAAGGAGAUUGUAACACACACUCACACAAAGCCAAUCGAUACAAUAUCUCAUAUAAACAAUAAAUUUUAAAAUCACGGAACAGCCUGCAACCCCUCUCUUAAUGAACCAAAUGUGGCUGUUUCAUUUGCUGUGGCUGAAGAACCCAUUGUUGCCUAGUUGAAGGUUGGUGAUCUGGUUCAGAUCCUUCCCCCAGAGGAUCUCAGUUGGAAAGAUGAACUCUAGUCCUGGGUAGCUCAGUUGGUUAGAGCGUGGUGCUGAUAAUGCCAAGGUUGCAGGUUCGAUCCCCAUAUGGGACAGCUGCAUAUUCUUGCAUUGCAGGGGGUUGGACUAGAUGAUCCUUAGGGUUCUUUCCAACUCUACAAUUCUAUGAUUCUUGGGCAAUGUACUGGCUGUGUCUCAGUUUUUGCAUCCGUACAGUGAUGUUGAAGCUUUAGGCAGAAGUACCUCCUUUCACUUCCUGUGACACAAAUACUUGGCUCCUCGGAAACCUGGUUUUCUCGCUUGGCAUGCACCCACACCAUAACACUUCGUGAGGACAAAUGAGAAAGUGUUGUGUGCAUAAGAAUUUCUGCAUAAUAAUUACAGGGCACAACUUUCCAGCUGAUGAAGCUUUGAUGUUAGGCAGGGGAGGGGAGAGGAGAGAGAAACACAUACACAUCUUUCAGGGCAAAUAUUUCAAUUGCUGCUUAGUUGAAAAGUCAACAGGAAGACUGAAGGCCUUGAAAGGUAAAGAAAAAAGAAAAGAAAGAAAAGCUGACUGACGGGUUUUUGCUUUAUUUCAUAUGUUAACAGAACUAGUCAUCCCAUAAUUCCUCCAUCAACCCAUGGAGACCUGUGGAGAGACUCUUUAAGUUAAUCUACAGGACUUCAUAGUGAACACUAUUGUAGCAGAUAUUCUGUGGUUCUGUUUGAUGUUGAUGUUUGCUAUUUGUAUGUUCAGAAAACCACUCAAUAGAAAUAUUUACAAAGAAAAAUCCCAAACAGCUGAAGGGACAGUUUGAGGGGUGGGAAAUACUUCAAAUGUAGUGAUUCAGAAGAAGGGGGAGGCAGUUGGAUGUGUGACCAUAAAGAAGGAAUUGUCUUGAGGCCAAACAGGGCAUGACAUAGGGGGGGUGUCCACCAACAAACCCCCACAACUGGGUGUGUGGUUCUUUAAAACAUACCAUAGAAGGGGGCUGAGCUUCUGCCUCCUUACUGCCUUUUUAAAAAGCCAUUUCCCCCCUCCCAGUGGUAUUCUGUGUCCACAUAUAACCCACUUCACACACAUAGGGAGAAAAGUGGCUGAAGGGGGGCUUUAGGAGAGGUUUGUAGGUGAGGGAAAUGCUUCACUCCGACCACCAGCCCAUGCUACCCUUUAAAUCUGUAUAUUCACAUUCUGUAAGGCUCUUGUAUGACUCACUUUGAGUCAUGCCAUCAUUGCUCCUACCUGUGUUCUGAGGAAACUCCAGACUCAGAACCAGGGCGUGUGCCCAGGGAAGCUUUCCUUGUGCCUGUUUCAGUGCUUUAGUGUGAAACCGGAAGUUCAGGAAGCAGUGUCGCCCCUGCCUCUCCAGCCCCCAAAAUAGGUAUCUCAUAGCAGUGCCCUGGACUUGCAUGCUGAUUUCUAUUGAUUUGUCAUGUGGACUACCAGGAAACCUGCCAUGGUUGUGUCCAGGUGCUAUGUCCUACAUGCAGUGACAGUUUGCUCUCACUUGGCAGCACAAGUCCUAUGCACGUUUUACUCAGAAGUUAAUUAACUUAAUGCAGCUUGCUCCGCAAUAGGUGGGUUUGGGGCUUCAGCCUCAGCAUGUCAGAGCUCCAAAGGAAACACCACGCAGAUGCCUUCUGCCCAGUCAAUAUUCAUCCAUGCAGAGCUGUUUAUACUUGGUCCCUCCACAGCUUAGGUUGUUUUCUAUGGUGACAAAGAGCUUAACCAUCUGUUCACCAUCCGGUUUAUUUCACAUCUACUAAAUUCUCAUGUCUCAGGCUGUGGGUAAGGGGGGGAGAGGAAAUCACUUGAGGCUCAUUUUGUGUCAUGAGGAUGCUUCAUGGAAAUGCGCACUGCGACUUAAUCAGGACUCGGCUAAAUUUAGAAAUAAACUGUUUAGUUAGCUUAUAAAAAAACCAGGAGAUUCCCCUCUCCCCCUCUGUUGGCAUAGUGAAACUGCAUUGCUUCCUGUUGCUAAACCCAAUUUUCAAGUUCCGUGGGUGAUUUUCACAAAACUGGGUCAUCCAGAAUUCACCUUUCUUCUGUGUUCAGUGAGUUAAGCUGGUGUCUUCUUGAUCUUGAGAGAGAGCAGGAGGGCGUUCAAACUGGUCUAGUGUUCGGGGCUUUCUUUCUGUCCUUAGCAUCCUAGAUGACAAAAUGUGUUCCAUCUGCUGCAGAAAAGAAGAAAUACAUCCCACCCCAAAGGGGCUUGUUGCAAAUAGCCCUGUAUUUUUGCUUUCACCACUCCAUAACCAACAAUUCAGUUUAGGGGCCUUGAAAGUUGUGUUUAGUGACUUAAGCCACCUCUUCUUGUUGCUAUAGGAAUGUUUUUGUGUAUUUGCAUACUAUAAACAUGCAGUUUGAACAUGACAUUUUGUGGUGGUUAACCUUUGUGCAAAAUGAUUUUUUCAGCCAUCUGGACGAGGUGCACGUCUUCCAGAGGUUUACUGCAUUGUAAGCUGCUUGGGUUGUUUUGGCCUGUUUUCAAAGGUAGGAGUUCUGGACUAUCUCUCCCCGCACCCCAGUCAUCCCUUUUACUCUUCAGCACAUACAGAAAAAUAGAUUUGGCUCAGAAUUGCUUGUUUCGUUAUUCCAUGGUUAAAUCUACCAACUUCUGGUAUUCCCCUUAUGAGGAACCAGUACAAAGAAAGAGGCUCCAUCUCACCUAGAUGACAUGCCUUGUAAUCCCAAACCUAUUGAUCAGUGGAAAUGUGCUCUGCACAUCAUUAUUAAAAUUAAGAGCCAGUGUGGUACAGUAACCUAGGCAUGGGAAGUGCUGCCACUCAAGCUUCCCAGUCCUGCAGAGUGGUUGGGAGGAUGAGAUGCCCUUAGAGGAAAGGCAGUUUACAAGAGGAGUUGGCACCAAGAUGUCGAAGAUGAAAGAGGCAAAAUUAAGUCUUGUGCAUCAUAAUGUGGCUUCCUUGCUGAGAAUUCUCUUUCUUUGGUAAGUCCCUGGAGGGGUGCGAGCAGAUUCGGAGUGGCUGUCAAGCGACUGAUACCCUUCUUUUUCCCCAUUAGAUAUUGGAUGAGGUGGAGAAAAGGCGGCAGAUCUCUGCAGCUGUCAUCUAUCCCUUUAUGCAAGGUCUACGGGAAUCCCCUUUUCCAGCACCAGGAAAAACGGUCACCAUUAAAAGCUUCAUCCCCGACUCAGGGACAGAGGUUUGUAGCUGCUGAUAAUAACCUCAGCUGGUUCUAUCAUGACUAGUAAAUAAGUCAGUAAUGGUGGUAGUUCAGCAGGGAGUGCAAUAAGGCAGGAGCUGGUGAUCACAAAACACUCUCUGCCUGGGUUCAGGUGUUAACUUGAAACCAUGGUCUGAAUUUCACAGUUUCAUGUUAACAUCUGAACCCAAACCUGCCCCAAAAACAUAGUUCUUGGGGAUAAACCAGGUGCUGAAGCCAUGGUUUGAAGCUGGUCUGCAAGUUGCAGUUUGAGCUAACUAUGGUUUCGCAUUACAUCACAAUUCACGGAGCAUUGACAAACCACUUUAUGGGCCAUGCUUCCUCCUGAAGAGACUACUGCACAAUGGAGAUGGCAGUGAAUUUAGGAAAAGGAAUGGUGGAUAGAUGGAAGGGACUGGUCAAGAAGCUCUAAGCCAUGGUUUGCCCGUUGUACACCUGGAAACUAAAAAUGGGUUGCUCACUUAACUAUGGUUAGCAUCACAAAACAUACAUCUGUACUACAUUUGAAGUGAGCCUUUAUGUGGCUAACUUUUGUUUAUAUGUGUCUGCCUGGAUUUUAUCAUCUUGAAACCCAUGGACCACAUGGGUUGUUAGUCAUGGACACAAACCACAAUUUUUCACUUCAGAAAGUGGUAUGACUAACAAAACUGAUGACUUCUCCACUGCAAGCACACUGCAGUUGAGAUAGGAGGCAGGGGAAGAAAACUCAAUUGACAUGGGAAGAUUAGACAUAUGAAUUGUCCAGCGUGUGCCUUGAGAGGCUUACGUGCCCACAGUCAGGAACUUUGGAAAGUACCCUAUACCAGGUCAGGCUAUUUGACUGUUGUUUGUUCUGACUGAAAGUGGUUCUCUAGGACUGGGGUGGGGAACUUGUGCUCCUCUUGAUGUUGUUGGGCUCCAACUCCCAUCAGCUGCCUCCAGCAUGGUCAAUAAUCUGGGCUGAUAGGAAGGGCGACAGGUUUCCCACUGCUGCUCUAGGAUCUCAGAAAUAGGCCUUUCAUGUCACAUACUACCUGACCUUCAUUCCACCUGGACAGGUGAGGGAUUGAAUCUGUACGCAAAGAGUGUGCUCUACUACUGUCAUUCAGGAGGACAAGAAAAGACUCCUAGGCUAUUAACAGUUGCAUAGGAGAGGGAAUUUAUGUAGGUGUAGUUUUUUAUUACAGUCGUACCUGCCAAAAACACCCUGUCCUUUAUAACUACAGUGGUACCUCAGGUUACAUACGCUUCAGGUUACAGACUCCACUAACCCAGAAAUAGUGCUUCAGGUUAAGAACUUUGCUUCAGGAUGAGAGCAGAAAUCGUGCUCCGGCGGCGCGGCGGCAGCAAGAGCCCCCAUUAGCUAAAGUGGUGCUUCAAGUUAAGAACAGUUUCAGGUUAAGUACGGACCUCCGGAAUGAAUUAAGUACUUAACCUGAGGUACCACUGUAUUAGAAAUCCAAAAUCUGUGACUGCUUCUGCAUCUACCUGCCCCAUUAGUAUUGCUUGUCUGAUCAUAACAGCAUGAGUGGUUUGGAUUGAUAUUGGCAUGCUGAAUCAUAGUGCAAGAAAUUCUCUACAAUGGGAUGGGAAUGUGGUUUUCUACUUUGUAAAAAGUCGCCAGAUACAGUGGAGGACAGGACUUGUGUCCAUUUUAAUAUUUGCACAGAUUUGGGCUGACGUAGAUUCCCUCCCGCCGUACUAGGACAUGACAACAGCACCUACCCAAAUUUCCUCUUUGAUGCAACCAUGAAAGGUGUAAGAGACCUGCCCUCUAAUGUGUCUGGCAUCUCUUCUAGCCCAUAGCAAGUUUCCUCCCUAGGGAGAGGUCCUCUUACUUAGAAAUAUUAGUUAGGUCCUCAGCCACAAAGCGUGACUUGCCUUUCUGUGCUCUGUGCUAGUGAGUUUUGACUUCCUGUUAUGAUGUCAAAAGUUUGUUUCUUUCAGCUGCCAGAGAAUGAAAUUCUGGUAUGAUUUCCUGGCUUGUUCAAUGUUUAAGGCAGCUGGAAGAGUUAGAUAGUGAGUGCAGCCUGCAUUUUCCUCAAAAGCAUCAGCGUCUUUUCAUUAUCCUUAAAUGGGCAAAGCAGUAUAUUUCCACCAGACACUUUUCAGCUUGACUUUUAUAGAGAAAGAGAAACUGCGCACAGAAAACUGAUUAUUUCAGCAGUCACACCCUUGUGGAAGUGCCCUUGCUGGCUUUUGUGCACAUGUAUAAACCUCCUCUGCAGGAUUUUGCUCAGGAAACCAGUUCCUUGUGUUUGCAUUGCAGACUUUGCUCAGGAAAGAGCCAGUUUCUCAUCUUUGUAGUGGAAGCUGACCCUAGGGCAAGACGGAGUGGCUGGAAUGACGUUAUUGUCACUAAACGACAUUUUCUCACCCCAUUACAGGAAUAGUUGUGAAAUGUUUUAAAGAAUGAUUCUGCUUUUUAAAAACGAGAAAGGGGGAACAAAUGGAAUAAACUUCAUUGUGCUUUGAAAAUAAAUUUUAAAACCUGAUAAUUUAAAGCAUGAGAAGUGGGGAAAGGCCCACCUACUCCAGCCUCCUGGUCUCAUAAUGCCUAAACAGAUCCCUGUGGGAAAGCAGGGGCUGAGCACAGCAACACUCUCCAUACCUGGAGCUCAUAGCAACUGGUAUUCAGAGGUCUACUGAUUCUCACAGGACAAGCAGAGCAUCCGCCUGCUGCACAGUGCAAUGUCAGGAGGAAACAGAAUGGCGAUGGAAGGGCAGGCAAACCUACAGCAAGUCCUGUAUGGUGUAUAUAGUAUGUACUUUUGGACCUACCACACAAAUUUGUCUUCUCUGUGCAAAUUGUCAAAAAGCUGUUCUGAGUCGAUGCGGCUAUUUUCUGGCCCAACAGAGUUAUAGGCCGCUUUGGCUGGGAUUACUAUGGUCUAUUUUGUAUUUUGUUUUAUUUUAACAAAAAAAAAUUAUCGAUUUGUUAGUCCAAAAAAGGAGCAGAAGAAAUAAAAAGAAUAAAACAUAUAACCCCAUAAAGCAUCGCAGCCUGAAAGGACAAAAGUACAAAGAUACAGCACGGCCUCAGAGGGGUAAUAAAGUAUUAACUCCUGCAACAAUUCCCUUUGCCCAUAAUAAAGAUAUGGAAAAAUAAACUAUUCUCCACCUGUGAAUUCCAUCAUUAUUGAGAAUAAAGCUUCUAUAACAUCUUAGAUUCACCAUAUGUUUGCACAUGCUGAUGGCAGCGAGAGAUCAUGUACCUCAGUAUUCAUUUAAGAAAUAAAACCAUGCCAUGUAACAAAAAGAGCUCAUUCCCGCUCUGCCCUUUAGAUGCUUGUAGUUUAUGAGAUAUCUUUUCAAGGAGGGCAAUUUGCCAAACUUUAAAGUACCAGCAAUCCAAAUUAUUAAGACUGAAGGACUUCCAGGAUUUGGUAAUAGAGCCCUAGGCUGCUGUUAAGAGAUGAGAAAUAAAUUACUUGCUUUUCAGACCCUGUUCUGUUUCCAUAUACAGGUUCAAAAGUGUCAGGUGGAAUGAUGGCUUAAUAGUUAGUUUAGUUGUCAAAGAGAUCUCAGAGAACACCUCAUUCCACAUUUCUGCCACUUUUGAGCAGGCCAUAGUCUCUCUUGUUUUUAGUGGGCAGCUAAAAUUAAGAUCUGGGUUUUAACUACCCAGUCCUGCUAGCAGAAGCCAGCACAAGGACCGUCAGUAGCACGGCAUAACUUUGCCCGCCCUUGCCUCCCUCUGCACUCCCACCCUCCCAUCUCCCCCAGGUCUGCUCUGGAGGGUCAGGGGAACCCCCAGAACGGUGCAGGAGAGGAGAGAGGGGAAUGUUGCAGAAAUGCCUGCGCCCAUGAAAUGAUCUUGUUAGGACUACACUGCAUUCCACCCUAAGAUUGCAAAAUAAACAAGAAUAGUUAGUUCUGCCUGGAAUCAAGGAUUUGCUUCUCUGCCUUUGCUGUAGUGAGUCACUUGCAGUAUGGAAAGUCCAAAGGUUACCGAAGCUGUUGCACCACUGUUGCCUUUUGAAAUAAAGGAUUAUGUGCAAAUGACAGGCUUAAGAGGAGGAAAUAGAUGUGCAUUCCACUGGUUUUAAUGGGACAUACUCAAAAGUAAGUGUGUGCAUGUGAUUGCAGCCAAAGUUGGCACAGUCCUCCUUGCUUCCUGGCUGUCUCUCUGCUCUCCAGUCAGUGAUGAUGGCCGAUGGGCUGCCUCUAGACAUUGACUGAUGUUGCUGAAUGGCAAGUAGCCUGUGGAAGGAUAUGUCAUUUUGGGUUCUCAGUUUCUUAUUUUUCCGAUCUGAAAUUCAGUUCUCCGCAUUUCUGCAGCAAAUUGUAAUUAUUAUUAUUAUUUAAAUCCUUGGGAACAUUAGUCAGCUUUUUUGUUUAAUUUCUCCCAAUAAACACACACACACGGUUUUGAAUAAUGUGCACAUUGUUGCAAACAAUUUCCCCAAAUAUAAUGGACUAUUGUAUGGUAUUUUCACAAAGAUUUCUAAUGCACAUUUUCCCAACAAUAUGUGCAUUCUUGGGAUCACUGCAGCUCCAAAUUCAGGUAUGUUCGAAUUUUGAAUGACAGCUGUGCUUUUUUGCAUUUUGCUUCAGAAAGCUCAAAUUUGGCAAAUUCACUUUGAAACGCAAACUGGAUCAAGUUUCUCCACCAUCCUUCAUGGCAAGCAAAGGGAGUGGAAGAGGUGUAAUCCCAGCCUACCCCAUUCACACCAGUUCCAUUCCACUUGGGAGAUGCUCUUUUAAGCCUGUGCUCUGCCUCACGAAACUGCAAGCGGUUGAGGCCCACCCUUUGUGCACAGCUUGCUCUUGUUUUACCUAUUAAAUGUAUCCUGGCAGGUGUAAGGUGUAUGCAUAUGGCCCUGGCUUGUUGGCUGUCUCAGCUUGUGGAUUUUCAGACACAUGAUUCUUGCGGUGCCACUGGUAUAGCAGGAAUGUUUGCACACUGCCCUCUGCAGGCGAAAAUUAGCAUUAUAGUAUGGAAGUAAAUAAAAUAUAUGAAACUGUUGUCUAAAACAGGAGGCUACAAGCAGCAGCAAGCCUGGAGCUCAAGUGCCGUUCCUUCUCUCUCUUCCCUGCUGUAGCUACAAGGAGAUAAGAAACAUUUAAGCCAUGUGUCCAAACUCAUGGGGACUCCGGUUUGUUUAAACUAACUGAGAACGAAUCUGGAUAAUAAAUCAGAUUCUUGGCCUAUUUGAACAAGCCUUAGUUCUCCCGAGUUCAGAUGUAACGUAGAACUCAAGCCCAAGGCUUGAUGCUACUUGUGCACAUAAUGCAAAAUCAUAAUUUAGUGUUACAUUCAAAAAGGGCAUUUAGGUUGAAUUCUAGGGCAGUAAUUUUAGUUGAUCAUAAUGAUUCCUCUUCAUUGAGUAGCUGGAGAUAGUGUGCGGGGGAAACGGGGAGUGUUUUUUGCUAAGCCUAUGAUACAAAAUGUACCCACUCCUGUCUACAUAGAUGAACAUAGUCAUUCUGCUAUGUCUUGCUUUCUUCCUCACAGCAUAUUGAGCUGACACGGCCUCUGGACUCUCACUUGGAACACGUGGAAUUUCAGGCCCUCUUUCAGUGCCUCAGUCCCGAGAAGAUCCUCCAGAUAUUUGCCUCUGCAGUGCUGGAACGACGGAUAGUAUUCCUGGCCGAGGAACUCAGGUGAAUUUCUUGGCUUCAGUCUAGGCCGAAAACUAAUUGCGCUUCAGCCCCACCGAAAUCAGUGGGGUGACUUUGUUGCUUGUACUGUCAGGAAGUGUAGUGAUUAGUCAGAAUUUAUUUCCCUGUUGGCGUAGAUUGGAGUGGAGGAUGACUGAAUGUGGCCCAUCUAGCCACUUUGUUUGGCCCUCUCUACUGGCGUGAAAUGAAAGUAAUGAAAUAAGGGUAUUUGUGUGCCAUGUUCAAUUGAUUUUGGCCUGGUGCGCACCUAACCUUUCUGAGUGUUUCUCAGUACAGUGGUACCUUGGGUUACAUACGCUGCAGGUUACAGAUGCUUCAGGUUACAGACUCCGCUAACCCAGAAAUAGUACCUCGGGUUAAGAAUUUUGCUUCAGGAUGAGAACAGAAAUCAUGUGGCAGCGUAGCAGCCGCCGCAGGAGGCCCCAUUGGCUAAAGUGGUGCUUCAGGCUAAGAACAGUUUCAGGUUAAGAACAGACCUCCGGAACGAAUUAAGUACGUAACCCGAGGUACCACUGUAAUAAUCUCAUCAGUAUUAUGACUCCCAUUUCAGCUCCCUUUCCAAGUGCAUCCAUGCAGCUGCAGCUCUUCUUUACCCCUUCACCUGGGCCCAUACGUACAUCCCGGUGGUUCCAGAGCAGCUUCUCAGCACCGUCUGCUGCCCCACACCCUUCAUGGUUGGGAUCCAGAAGCGCUACCUAGACGAGGUUCAGGAGCAACCCAUGGAAGAGGUACUGUCCUUCAUGUCUCUAAGUAAGGGGAAAGUGGCAUUGAAUGACAGGAGAGCAAAACAUGACUCUGUACUGGGGGCAAUUGCAGCACCCAAGAUGGGCAUUUGUGGUGUCCGCCUAUGUCCUCCUGCUGGGAAGGCUGCUAUUCUUCAUCACUUCCACCUUCAUAUCCAGUUCCAUGUCAUCUUAAAGGCUGGGCAUGGGCAUUUGGCUCUCAUAAAAUCAAUGUUGGUUGUUCAUCCAACUGCAGUACGCCUAUAUUUUUUGUGUGUGCAAAUAUUUCACUUUGGCUCCUGGUUUAAUUUUAUGAUGGUGUCAGUUUACACCUUUUGGCCUGACUCAAACCUCUCAAAGGAACUUGCAUCAAAACCUUGAAAUAAACCAAAGAAACCCAAAACAACAAAAUCCUCAAGGACUACUUCUCUCCAUAUGAACUAGCCCGGAUCCUCUGGUCUUCAUCAGAUGCUUUUCCCCAUGUGCCUUGCCAGUAGUAGGUUCAGAGUGUGGCCACACAAGAACGGGCCUUUUCAGUGGUGCCCCCCAGUGCAGUCUGCGGGAUAUUCUACUUGGGGAGAUGUGCCUGACACCGUCUUUGUCAGUCUUUAGGUGCCAGGCUGAGACUUUUUUGUGUGCUCAAGCUUUUGAUAAUUAAUUUGCCUUUUACAGUGCUGUUCAUAUUUUAGCGGGUUGGGUAGGACUUACAAUAUUCUACUGAAUGUCUGUUUCAUAUAUUUUCUAUUGUUCAUUGUUCCACACUUUUCUGGUUUUGAACUGCUUUUAUUUGUUGUAUUUAUAUCUUGUCAAGUUGCUUUGGGACUUUUUAUUUUGUAUAAAGUGAUUAAUCAAUGCAAAUAAUAAAAAUUAAAACUCCCAUGAUUACUGGGCAGGUUGAAGCCACUGCCUUCUGAAUCCCCUGCAUUCUUCCAUCCCUCCAAUUUUGAACAUUCUCUGGAUAGUUUGCUCAUUCUUAAAGUAGUUCUGGAUAAAUAAAGCUGGAUCUUAUUUUAUUUUUACCUUUUUAGGUGCUCCUUGUUGAUCUGUGCAAAGGAAAUUUCUUAAAAUUGGUAAGUUCAAUCCAAAUCCAACAUUAUCCUUGGGUCUCCUCUGUCUUUUAUGUCAAUAAGAGUCUAAUGUUUUAUCCAUGGUUUCUUCUCCCUCCAAAUAAACUAGACAGAUCUUUUUGCCAAUCUUUCAGACAUCGUGUAUCAUUAAGUAUUGGAAUUGUUUGGAAUAGAAAUAGCAUUUUAACCGAACUCAGACCUGCCUAGCCUCCAAAACAUUACUAGACCAUGUGCUUUCAGACAAUACCCUGGGAUCAUUUAGACAGUCUUCACUCUGCCAGGCUAGGCCAGUAUAAUCUGAUGGCAAAUCCAGCUCCCAGGUUGUCAUGCUACCUGUUUCUUGGUUUCCUUGUGAGAUAAUCUUUCUGUUCUCCUUAGUACCCUCUCUGAUACCAUGGGAUGGCUCCUGUUGAUAGCUAAUGAGAGACUGCAUAUCCAUGCUGUCAGAUGCUGUUGUGGUUGCUCGAGAGUAACCAGGCAGGACUCCGACCUGUCUUUUACAGGCUUUAUUUUGGUGCAAACUAUUUACAGUGAAGAGUGUCAUAAGUUCAUGUCUGGCUCAAUCGCUAGCAGAAUCCGGGAGUGGUCUGUUCUUGUACCUCCCCCAACAUAAACGUUUCGUCACCCCCAGCCUUUUCUGCCCCUCCCUGCGCCUCAAGCUACUGCGCAUGAUGGGCGUUGGCAGGGGCUUGCUUCCCUCCUCUCCAGCUUGCUCAGGUGCGGUGUUAAGGCUCUUUCUAGCAUCCUCUGGUCCUUGCACCUCUUCUCCACUGGAGGUGGGGCUUUCCUCCUCGCCAGAAGAGGAACUGCUUCGCAAGAUUUUCGGAGGCUUUCUGUAACACAAUUCCCCCUCUAUCUCUCACCUCUGUGCCGAUGGCAGUUCCCUGACACAUAUAAAUUACAUCUGUCUGUACGUUGUGCAGAAUGUGUCUUGGAGGAGCUAGUGGCAAGACGUGUUUAUAGCCCUGCAGACCUGAAAGUGCCAUCAGAAAGGGGUUGUUUUUGAGUGGCAGCCCCUUGUCCUCACAUCUGCUGCUUUUCAGUGGCCGGCUGUUGUCUAAACUUCCCUGUUAAUAAUUCUGCAGGUUGGUGAUGAAGAAGAGAUUUUGCCUGCCAAGCUACAAAGCGAGAUGCUGUCCUCCCUGCCCACGAUGAACAACAACGUACAAAGUAAGCCUGCCUGUCUCCGUCUCCCUUUAUAUACAUAAAACAGAGCUAUUUGAGAAAUGUGAUUAAGGAAGGGUUCCAAAAUGGCUGUCCUUGGACAGAUAAGCUCAGAUAGGAGAUCCUUCUUUCCAAAGAUGGAGGAGACGAUUUUGCAUCUCUAGCUCUUUCUGCCAUUACAGAUUAUAUGUAAGCUAGUGGUGCAGGUAGAUCUUCCCUUUGGAGCCCUAUGUUUCCAUGGCAGCAGCUCCUUAGCAAUUUAAUGCUAGGGGAUUGGGUUUUAUGACUUAAGGAUGCCACAGUUAAUUGAUGAGUUAAUACGCCAUACUGCCUCCACUGUGUGUAAGUGGUAGACAUUUCCUCAUUAAGAAAAUGAGUUUGCAGAGCUUUAAAGCUCUUUGAUUAAAGGGGCUGUGAGAGUGAAGAGUACCUAUGUUCACGUGAAUUCUCCAUAAUCCCUAUUAGAGAUUAAUGUCUGAGAACUCUGAAGAACUCAGCAAGGAUGAGUAAUGUCUGUUCCCUGGGGUCUGUGUAUUUGUAUAUGUCACCAAGCUUCUUCUGUUAAUCUGCAAGACCCUUAACAGCUUGAGUCCAGGAUAUCUUAAGGACCGCCUGAUCCCUUGUAUCCCUGCCCGAUCGCUGAGAUCUUCGGGGAGUCUGUGUUGUUUGUUCCCCAUGACUCAGAAAUAUAGCUUGUAACCACGAGAAACGGGGCACUCUGUGUUGUGGGUCCAAACCUGUGGAACUCCCACCUGGCUGAGAUUAGGCAGGUGCCCUUCAUGCUGAUCUUCAGGUACACAACAAAGACUUCCUUAUUCUAGCAGGCUUCAGCUUUAUGGUUUCUCUUUACUGUUUUAUUCUCUGCAUGGUUUAUUUUUAUGUACACCUCUUAGAAAUGCUAAGGAUUAAGGGGUAUAUAGACGCAAUCAAUAAUAAAUCGGCACAUAUUGAACCAUUUGUGUGCAUCCAUGUUAAGUACUGGCUGAUUCUCUCCAUGCAAGAAAACACACAAGAGAGGCAGGCAGACAAAAAGGCCGUCUGGUCCUGUAUCCUGAGGCUUGGGAAAGGAGCAACAUUUGUGCUAGACCUGAACUGUACAUUAUCUCAUUUUCUCUCCCUACCCCCAAGCAUCUGAGGAACUCAACACGCGUGUUUCAGACGCCUUUGUGCAGUUUUUCGUCAAAACAAUUGGCCACUAUCCGGCACACAUCAAAUGGGGCAAGAAUGGUCAGGGCAGCUUCCAGGAGAGGUCGUUCUGCAAGGCCCUCACCUCCAAGACCAGUCGCAAGUUUCUGAAAAAGUUUGUGAAGACGCAGAUGUUCUCCUUAUUUAUUCAAGAAGCAGAAAGGAACAAGAAGAGUGUUGAAGGUAAAACUGGUAUAAGUGAAAGCAUUCUUCCUUUAAACAGUCCUUAUAAAUAUAGUUUGGAUACGAGGACUCGCUUUUCAGGCUGAAUAAAUUGGGAGUUCCGUCUUUCUCACAACCACAAUCCAUACAUAAUUACUUAUCACAGUUGAGAGCUAGGUGCAGCGGGGGGGGGGGGGCAUUUCCCACUGAGAAAUCAUCCAAGUUUGAAUGCUGCAAAAAUGAAUAUUAUGCCCACCAGUGUUCUUCUGAUAGCUGGAUCCCCUGCAACAAAUAAAUAAUUGCUGCACACCUGUUGUAGAACUCAUCUACCCAGAUUUCGCUGAACAUUUAGGUUUCUAGGUCCUAGUACCCAAUCCCCUUGUUCUUGGGGUUUACUGCCCCACUGAUUCACUGCUCCUCACCCUCAGACAGAACUGCUGCCUGUCAAUGAAGACAGCAUUUAGAUGGAUCUUAAGGCAACUUCCUAUGUUCCUAACAUUUUACUGCAAUGUGGAAGCAGAUGUCAAGAUCCUUUAGGUGGGGAAAUCCAUAUGUAGUGAUUGGUGCAUUUUGUUUCUUAUUCACAGGAUAUUUUCAGAAGAGGUUAAAUGAAUAUGAAGAACAAAAGAAGCAAAGGAGACUCUCCUGAAUUUGGGCUCUCAGGAUUGCUCACCAGCAGAUGGACAGGCCUGUGCCUAAAGUAAUUGCCUGUUUGGACAAAGAUAACUUCCUAGGAAGAACAACAACAUCAUUGGAUACGCUGGUUCUCAUGGGAGGCCAGCUUGGCUUCAGGCUCUACUUUUUAAUCUUCUUUUCCUUUUCAAGACUGGCACUACAGAGCUUUUCUAUUAUAUAGUUAAAAUUUGGCUGCAUUUAACAGCCCAGCUUGGAAGUAGGACUGCAGUUCUUUAAGAAAACGGCAGCAUGAAACUGAAAUGAACCAAGUGAUCAUCUUGGUCAAAACAGGACUCUAGAAAUUCAGUCAAAUGAAGGAGAUGUGGGAUGGUUAAUAAUGACAAAGAUUGUAUAGCAAGUGAUGAGAAAAAUUAUAUUAAUUGGAAACGUUUCUGUUUUCAUUAAAUGGUUUCCAAAUCAAUGGUUUCAUGCAGUGUUUGCUUCUAAUGGCAUCCUUUUGUUGGAAUCAAAUUUCUGUUUUUCAUUGCUCUUAUUUCCAUUUUUGUAAAGUUGUGUUUCUGCACUCAGCCAGGUAGCAAUGGCUCCACUUGUUCCAUAUAUUUUUUCUUAAGGGAAAAAAACAUAUUGAAUUUUCCUUCUUACCUAGGGCUUUUGGCCCUUAGUUUAAAGGAUUUCUAAGUAUUUGGUGGGGCAGGAUCUGCAGAACUUGUCUUUUAUUUGUAUAGAUGGAUUUGUUUUGUUUAGACUUUCAUGACUGUGGUAAUUGGCAUUGGUUUUAGUGUGUGCAUUGUGUUUGUAAAUUGCUUUGACAUUUUUAUGAGUAAAGCAACUAAAUAAUAAUAAUAAUCAAGGGGUGUGGUGGCAAGUAGUAGCAUGCAAAGGAAUGAAAGGAAGGUUAUCAAACUGAUUUGAAAGGAAUAAAAAAAAUGAAAAUGUGGAAGUGAGACAGGGAUUUAAAAAGCAAACUUCAUGCUAUCUCAUAUUGACACCAUGAAGGGGAAUAAGCAGCCUAAUCUUGUUGAACCACACAAUAGAGAGGUGCUAGUUCAAAGCAUCCUUUUCUUUUUUUAAGGGACCCUUUCACCUGGCACAUAAAAUAUGAAUUAUAAAUUGGGGUUGGCAUGUGAUUGAGCUGGAGAUUGUUCCAAUGGGAACAAUAAAGCCGCUGAAUGCUAUUUGAAGGACUUUUAGUUGAAUGCUAUUUGAAGGACUAUGGCAGCUUAACCAUACAAUGAGGUCAACGGAUAGCAAAGGCUGCUGUGAUGUGACACCAUAAGUGAACAAAUAGUAAAAUGUUUUAAAUCAAAAAAGUUAUAUUUUCCCAGUUGGCCUGGUAUUUUAAGGUUUCAAUGAAUUCCAGUUAACUCUUGUUUUAAAACAUCUGCAGAUUCCUACACUGUUUAUUCUAAGACUUGCCUUUGUAUUUUAAAUAUCUGUUUUCUUUUUAGAGACAAAUAUAUUGAGAAUCCACUUCUAAAAUUUCAGUCCUUAAUCACUAACUUGUAGAGUCCGAGUAUAAGAGUUAAAUCUUCUUUGAGGAAGUGCUUCUCAUGUACAAAGGUAAGGAUUAAACCACUUUGAAAGGCAGCAUACCAACCUAUUUAACUACAGGUGGAACAACUGGAAGUGCUAUUGCAGUUUGUCUUACCUGACUUCUGUGCUCAGUUGCUAUGGACUCAAUUGCUGCUGUGAAAUGCAAUGCACUAUAUUCACAAUGCCACUGGAACCUACAUAAUCUCAGCUGUGGAGUGUGUGCCUCACUCUUCAGGUUCCACAAUGGUGUUCCUCUAAAUUCUUGUUCAUAUAGGAGGAAAGAAGGGCAAUGGGGAAAGGGUGGCAAUCUGCCACAUGUACCAAAGGGAAAGGCUGCUGGUGCCUGCUUCAUUUGAACUCAGGGACUAGUCAACCAGCAGAUGCACCCUUAGAAGCAUUGGUGACAACAACUCUGCCAAAAGCCCUCUUAGUUCCUACUCCAGCUAUAUAUUCAGUCUAGCAUUCACCUUCUAGUGCCAAGGCUCAGUCACAAGAAUAGAUUCUUUUGAAACAUCUACUUACUUCAGAGGGUAUCUCUUCCUGAAGUUUCCCUCAUAGUCUGCUUCAUUAGUUCCCCCCUGGUUAAACCAGCAAGUGCCUUUGCUGCUACCAAAGGAGUGGAAAUCAGAAUUGCUGAGAUUUACCUGUAUUUACCAGUAUUUAUAUGACUAAAGAGUAAAUACUACCUGUAUUUACCAGUGUGCUGGGAGGAGCUGCCAGCCCCUAAAUACUUUGCCCUAUCAGUUCGCUGGGACUUAGGAUAUGGUAUCCCUGUGCCCUUCAUCCCUGAUAUGUGCUGUGCACAUCCCGUUGCACCUAUUCUGCCUGCAGAACCUCAACCUGAUGGAGCUUUCCACAGGCAGGCCAGAGGACUUCCAGCAAUAUUGCCCCACUGGCAUACCUCCAUUUUUGCACUUGGAGCCACCAUUCCUUGUUCCUGAGGCCCCUCAGCCACCUUUAGCCUUCAGAACGCUCAGUGCUCUUCCUUGUGCCAAGGCUUGUCCCAGUUGCUUCGCAAGAAGCCUUUGCUAGGAGAAACUAAAUAUUUUAUGUGCAAAACAUGGAGUCGCUUUGACAGCAGGAAUGCACUUUUAUCAGUCCAAAUAAAUAUUCCACAGAAUGGCUCAAAAUAAACAUAAGGAUGGUCACAGUUAUGAGAAUUUUCUUCUUUAUUAAAGAGCGGAAAUAAAUUUUUGCAUAAAUUUUAUACAAAAAAAGUAACUGUAAAUUUUGUAUAGACUUUCCACUGAAGAAAACAGAAAUAAAUUCUUUAAAUGUUUAUUUUUUAAAAAAUAAAAUAAACCGAGAUAACCACACUACCGCAUGCGGACGCUCACCCCCACAUCACAGGGUACCGGGGGUAGAAUUUUAAAGAUAAAAGGUGCAGUUCAACAAGCACAGCAACUGAGCAACUUGAAUUCAGCAGACACACACCACCCAACUGAAAUGAACAGAGACUGCCCAGCCACAGUGGAUUGCUUGCAAAGAUGGCACUUUAAAUGCCUGGUUUCCAGUGACAGUGCUGUGCCUAAGUGUCGUUUUGGAUUCUUAAAAAUCUACCUCUGGUAUCAGUAACAGGUGAAUAAUGAGAUCACAGUCCAGACUCAAAAGUCAAAGACAUUCCAGCCACAAAAGCUAGUGGGGGAACUGUGUUUCACAAGCUCAACUCUUAUUUAUUAUUUUUUGAGUGGGUACUAAGUGAGGUUUUUUUACUAAUAGAUGAUUUCUUAAAAUUAGAAAGCAAAUUGUCUUACAGCUUGUAAUCACACUGUAUUAGAGUACUCUGUUAUUGGGAAUCCAUUUCCCCAAGAGUUUAUGCCGUGUAGUCAAGGUAAUUACAAAGACAAAGCUUUACUCUCUGCAUGCUUUCCUGGGCACACAACCAGCAGAGCAGGCAAUAUGCAUGUUUGACUGGAGAGUGCUUGGGAUUCCCCUUUUGUUGGAGGAGGCUAGCUAAGGAGUAACAAAGAGUAGAAGUUAUACAACAUUAUUAUAAAUUAGAUUUGUUCCUAUCUGCUCCAGUUUUCAUAGUCUCCUCAGUAUGUUUGUAAUCUCUCCUGUAGAAAACAGUUGUGAGUUAUUUCUUAUUGUGUCAGUGACCAAGUUAACUAAUGAUGAUUAGAAUAUGUGGAAAAGGUCUUGAUCCUGAAGACAUGGAUGUGAAGGUGGGAAGCGAUCUGAUUGCAAACACUGACACAGUAUCGGAGCAAAUCAAAAAGGGAAAAGAUCUGGAAGAAGAACAGAAGUUACAUGUGACAUCCAAACAUAAAGGCUCAGAAAUAAUUUGUUCUGCAAAUUUUGUAUCCAUUCUCUAUGCAAUGGGUUCCUCUCUUCAGUUAAGUGUAGAAUUAUCCUUGUCUUUCUGAAACAAAAGGCUUUUUCUAAACUCUAAAGCAGCCUUCCCCAAUCUCCAGCCGCAGGUAUAUAUUCCCUAUUCAUUGAUAUUCGACUCCUCAUAAUGAAUUCUCUAGGUUAUGUACAAUAAACUAAAUAUAAAACAAGAUUAAAAAGCAAAUCCAAAACAAAACCCCCAAAUGUACGCCAGCAUGCAAGAAUAAAACAACUGCUUGGAAACUUAUCUAUGCUGCCCAGAUUUUUUCUGUACCAUUCCCUCUUUUUCGUUAGACUGCUGCAAAACUAAAGUUGCUUACAUUAACGUGAAAGAACACACAAGGAUAUUUUUCAUGCCCAGAAAAAUAAGGAAAUACUUACCAGGGCAAUCCAAAGUACAAUAUACUCAUCAAUAAAGCUAUUAAAAUAUUGGUCCAGAAACAAGAGUGCUGGCCCUAUGAAUGCUGUGUCAUGCAGAUGCAUCUCACUCUUGGUCAUAUGUGCAACCUGUUGGGGAAAAUUAAAACUCAUAAAUAUUCUAUUUCAGCAUCUAUACUGAAUAAUUUAAUAUUGGAGGGGAGGGGUAAACAACUGAAUUCUGAUUUCUCUUUAUAGCUUGGGCUAUCACCAAUUUCCCAGGGCAUACUCUGUUGGAAGCAAAUGAGGCGUAUCAUUACAUAUACCACUAUACAACUUUCAUAAAUGCAGUAUUUGAAAGAAGUUUGGAAAAUCGUUGUUUGCAGCUGGAGAAAGAAAGUAAACCUUUCACAACAAAGUAUACCAUAUGAGACCAGCAAAUAAUAAGAGUUAAGUGCUUUGUUUGUAUUUAUGGGACACCUCAUAAAAUAAAUUCUCUAACUUAC